UGAUAACUUCUUUUUUUUUUUUUUUUGUUGUAUUUUCGCUUUUUUUUUCUUCUUCUUCUUUUUCUAUCCACGCUCCUAGUUCUGUUUAUUUUACAACGCUUAUAAUUAAAUCGACCAAAAGAAGAGACGCGGCGCACCAACGGAUACCCGCGUGGCGUUAUUGAAGGAGGAUUUUGCCGCCCCGCGUUCUCGCGGCGUCAGGGGAAAUCAAUAAAUACACCUUCGGUCGAGCCUUUUACUGUGUCAGGGCAAUGAAAAAUUUUUCGGCCGCGCGGCUUAUGUCGUACCUAUCUCCGUAUAUACGUGUACAUGGUAUACAGGUAAAAUACAACGCGCGCAUCCGCGCACUUGAAACGUACGUAGGCGAGAGGAACGUGUAGUGUACGGUAUCGGUGUGUAUGAGUUAUUUUUUACUACUCCUUGAUAUCGGUGUGUAUGAAAUUAUAUGGUAUGUAUAUUACGCGAUAUACAUAUAGCAUGUAUUAGAAUCUAUAUAUAUAUAUCUGUACAUAUGUACAAGGAGUUUGGGGAAGUCGGACGGACGAAGGAACGGAGGGAUACGCGUUAUGUGCAUGCGCGCGCGUGUCGGUGCAUAAGUGGGCGUUUUGGGACGAAAAGAUAGUAGAUGGUGGUGGGGGCAGCUGCAAUACGCGAGGAUUCGGGAGGCCCGUAAUCAAAGCAUACGCACACUCGCAUCCCUAGAGUAAGGAGCGCGGCUGGAGUGCACUGGGUUUACCAAAGCCGCAAUAGCAGUGCCUUCGCGAUCUGUAUCCAUACACGUAUAUUAACAUAUAUUUAUAUACGUAUGGUCGAUCGUUUGUACAAUAAAUAAAUCAAAUUAUUUAUACAUGUAUACAUAAAAUUUGAUAAUUAUUAUAUUCGUAGUAAAUUUAUACCUCGAAGUUUAUAAAAACUACCUCAUGUUGCCUACCUCAAUCGUAACGAGUAAACUGCAGUCCGCAGAUUUUAUACCGAGUAAUUUGAUAAAUCGUUCACUUGUUCGAAAUCGUAAAAAAAUGCUACACAACGACAGUACGAACGCACAUCGUACUCCGAAAGCGACAAGAGCAACUGCACAGGGGACCGCCGGUAACGCUUGGGAGCGCGUUUCGAAAAUGGUGAGCUUCUACCCGAUGGAGGCCCUGUCGAAUCGGGAUGCUCCGCCGAUGCCCGUUGCCAGCCAAGUUACGGAUAUCGAAGAGAUGAACUCCGUGAAAAAUUUGGUCUGCAGUCCGGAUCUGACGCUUUUCUCCAGUCCGCCACCGGAUUCGAUCGCUUCGGACGACACGCUCUACCAGUGUCUGUUGUGUCACAAAACAUUCAACCAGAAGAGUGUCUAUCAGAGUCAUCUUCGCUCGCAUGGGAAAGAGGGAGAGGACCCUUACCGGUGCAAUAUAUGCAGUAAAACGUUCGCGGUACCGGCGCGCCUAACGCGCCACUACCGGACGCACACCGGGGAAAAACCAUACCAGUGCGAGUACUGCAACAAGUCGUUUUCCGUCAAAGAAAAUCUCAGCGUUCACAGAAGGAUUCACACCAAGGAGAGACCGUACAAGUGCGACGUUUGCGAACGGGCGUUUGAACACAGCGGUAAGCUUCAUCGCCACAUGCGGAUACACACGGGGGAACGACCUCACAAGUGUUCGGUAUGCGCCAAGACUUUCAUACAGAGCGGUCAGUUGGUCAUUCACAUGCGUACCCAUACAGGUGAAAAACCUUACGUGUGCAAGGCCUGCGGCAAGGGUUUCACCUGCUCGAAACAGCUAAAGGUCCACACGCGCACCCACACCGGUGAAAAACCGUACACCUGCGAUAUAUGCGGUAAAUCGUUCGGUUACAAUCAUGUACUGAAACUACAUCAGGUGGCCCAUUACGGCGAGAAAGUAUACAAGUGCACGUUAUGCCACGAGACGUUCAACUCGAAAAAGACCAUGGAAUUGCACAUAAAAACACAUUCUGAUUCGUCGGGAUCGAACUCACCGAGGAACUCGCCUAUAGAACCCGUCGUUGAAAUCUCCCAGAAUUCGAUGAAGGACCUGGGCGCGGUUAACCCCGUCACCUGCAACCACAGCAGCAGCAGCAGCAGCAGUAGCAGCAGCAGCAGCAGCAGCAGCAGCAGCAGCGGAAGCGACAAAGAGAACAAGACUGAAAUCGUCAUGGGAACGACUAGCGGGUACUCACUGCAUCCCCGUGACUUUUCCUAUUAUCUCUAUCCCCGGGAACAGUACGAGAAUCAACCACCGAAUCCGGUCGGUGUAAAUCCAGCCCUUCUCGCCGCGGCGGCGGCAGCUUCGGCCGCGGAGGAUCGCACCUUCCAACCUUCUCCUCCCGUUCGCGUUACUUCCGAAGCUCACGCCUACCUCUACCCCUCGCCAACCUCGGCUUACUCGACCUUCGGUCUGCAGCCCAGCGGUCACACGGAGUGUUCCCUGUUGGAUCUUCCCGGCAACGACGCCCGUCGAAGGGUCGAAGCCGCCCUGGAAGCCGUCGAAGAGGAACGUCAACGAGAGUACGGUGUCGUCGAGAGGCAGCCAAUUCUGACGCCACCGAGUAGCAAUCCCGUUAGCCCCGCUCCCUCACCGGAUCCUUUGGAUCUCGCGGUGCCGGUGAAAGAAACGUUAAUCCUACCGCCGAGAAAGAGGUGCAAGAUGAUCCUGGAGUCGAUGGAGAGUGAAAGAACGGGUUUAGCGUCUCAGAGACAAAGUUCUGUUAUACAGUUUGCUAGGGCUUCGUAGUUCGUGGCCUUGUGCGAUUAAUUGUAAAGACUAAGAGGAGAAAAGAAACAAAGAAACAAACGAAUGAUAUCUGGAGAAAUUUUUAUCAUCACCGAGUGACGUAGUCGACGUCGACGGUUUCGUCGUUUGCAUGAUGGAUUAUUACCGCGGUGAUUUGAAGUUUCGAUAUUAGUAUUAUGACCGACGGGUGUGCCGCAUAUGUAUAACGUUGACGGGUGUGAAAAGCACGUCGUACCAAUGACGUCAAAUAAAUAAAAAAAAAAAACAAAAAAACAAAAA